CGCCCCAGUCUACCAUUAUUAGUUGCUUUCUUCCACAAGGGAUCAAAGGAAAGGGAACAGCAAGGGAGAGCGGAGCUCUGCGACCCAGAGAGGGGAGACUAUGGAUAAUCACGAGAGAUUCUCAGACUCAACUACUGCACCUAGUGCUUCACUUUAUGAUGUGUUGGGUGUCAAUAAGACUGCUACUCAAGAAGAGAUUAGGAAGGCUUAUCGUAAACUAGCACUUAAGUAUCAUCCUGAUAAGAACCCUGACCCUGAGGCCAAUGAUAUCUUUCAGAAUAUCAAUAACGCUCAUGCGGUUCUUGGAGACGAGAGGAAAAGACGUAUUUAUGACGAGUAUGGACCAAUGGGUCUCAAACUAGCUGAGCAAGUUGGAGAAGAGAGAUUUGCAUACAUGGACAGUAAAUUAUUAAAAUGUUGUGUUGUUUUCACGUGUCUGGCAACUGGUUGCUGCUUCUGUUGUUUCUUCUGUUGUUGCUGCUGCUGCAACUGUUGCUGUGGCCUGUUUGCUCCUGAUAGACAGACCCACGGCUAUCCAGAGGAGUUCGUGUUUGGGGAAGAGGAUGAUCAGGGAGCCGUGAUUACCGAAGAACCUAAAUCAAGUUAUAAUGCAGCUGGUAGCGAUGCUGAGCCUUAAAGAGAUUGAUAGUUUGAGAGGGACAAGGAUACAUAAACACAAAAAUUCAUAUUUUGUCAGCUCGCACUCUCUCUCGUCUUAUUAUUAUUAUAUUAAUUAAUUAAUUGAUAUUAGUAAUAGUGUGAAUCUUUUCUAUUUUGAUUAAUAUUCAUGAAAAUCAAA